ACAUGGUUCCCACCAUUACUUUACGGGAAAAGCCCGGUGAACUGCGGAAAUGCCCAAACGAUAGUCUCUGUCGUUAUCUGCAUAAUAAAGUAUUCAAAGUGCAAUUUUAUCGGACGUAUAAUAGGCCCGGCCGGGAUGAGUGUCAAACAAUUGGAAUCAGAUACUGGCUGUCAUAUUUUGAUUAGGGGGAGAGGAAGUGUAAAGGUGAGAUGGGAUCAUCUUGAAGAACCUCUACAUGUGCUCGUCACUGCUGUCGAUCAUAAUCAUAUUGUAUGUCAGCAAAAACUACGGCAAGGUGUGGAAAGUGUACGACAUCUAUUGACGCCAGCACACGACGACUAUAAACGCUGUCAAUUGAUGCAGCUCGCAAUCAUAAACGGUACCUAUCGCCAAGCGCAAGAAACAACGGCCCACGAAUAA